AAUUUUUAUUCGUAAACUGGAAGAGACAGGUUUUCUGCUUUUUUCAACUCCUAAUCGAUUUUUCUCAAUUUCGAAUGAAUUAGUCCAAAUGAAGAAAAUAUUCGUUCUGUAUCUAUAGAAGAGGCUGCUGCUGUCAAAAGCUUGUUUAGUACUUCAAGAAACUCUGGUUCCAGGUCUUUAGCUAGUCACACCACUGAACUGGUGGAAGUCACUUUCUUUUCAAACAUCAGCAAAUGCGUACUGCUUGUAUGUUUCAUCUCCAGGCCUGAAAUUUAUUAUGGUUGGCAUGACUUAUGGGGGGCUUAUUAGAUGUCCAUUUCAUAGCAGCAGCAUCUUCUUCAGUAGUUAGGGAUCUAUCCUGGUACUUUGGGUGGAGAAUAUUGGCAAGAAAAUAUGGUGGAAUAAGUGCUUGAUCUAUCCACUUUCCUGCCUGUAAUUUAACUUUGUUGGUUAUUUCUUUCUCCGAUGUCUCUUGAGGUUCUUUCCAAAUUUCAACAGAAAUCUUUCUGAAGUUUGUCCAAGGCGAUGGAAAUAGGUUUCAGUAUAUUCAGCAUAUCUUCUACAUUUUUUUGACUACUUUGGGGGUGAUAGUUCCACCUAUUUUGCCACGAUUUUCUUCACAAAUGGUCAGAGUAGGCAAGUUCUUAAUAAAUAGCUGAAGACAGUUAACCACUGAAUUUCAUUGUACAUGUUGGGGGAGAACUAGUUUUGCAUCCUCCUGCUAUGUUCAGUGAAGCUGAAGCAAAGCAGUUGUUAACAGAAGUAUUUUGCUACUUCAACAACAUUUUUCUUUAUUCCUAGAGUUGUAUUUAAGUCUUUUUGAUAAAAGAUGCAUCAGCUGAGCACUGCAGCCAUAUGUUAUAAAUUUCCCUUCAUUAUCUUAUUCUAGAUUUCUUCUAAUCUUUGCUACAUUUGCAGCAGUGUUUGUGACAAAACUAUACACUUGAAUUUUUGUUCAGUUUGUCAUAGCUUUUACUGCUACUUCUUUUGAAUAUUCUGCUGUAUGUGCAUUUCCUUAUUGUAUCAAUUGCUUCUGUAGGAUAGACAACUGAAUCUUCUGUUGUCACACAAGCACAUACCACUGGAUCAUUGUGUAUGUUGCUCCACCCAUCAAGAUUCAGAUUAACAAAUUUCCUGUCAAUGUUUUUUGCAUGCUGUUCAAUUGCUUUCUUGUACCCUGUAUCCAGUAACCUUCCAACAAAGUCUGCUCUACUGGAUAGAGUGUAGCCUGGUCAUAAUGACUGAACCAUGUCAAUGAAAUGUUUCUUCUGAACAAGACACAAGGGAGAAUUUGUUUGUAUAAACAAUCCACGCUACUUUUAUCUAUGGAGUCUCACUGGAAUUUGCUGGUCCUCAUUACCAGCGCAUCCAUGGUUUGAUUAGAUGAUGAAGAAAGUCUUUCUUUUUCUUUUAUACAGAUGCGAGAGUUGUGUGGAGCUGCUGUUCGUCCGGGGGGCCGGAAACUGUCAGGAGUGUGAUACCCCACUGCGGAAGAGCAACUUCAGAGUGCAGCUCUUUGAAGACCCUGCCAUCGACAAGGAGGUGGAAAUUCGGAAGAAAGUAUUGAAAGUAUACAAUAAAAGAGAAGAUGACUUUCCCAGUCUAACGGAAUAUAAUGAUUUCCUGGAAGAAGUAGAAGAAAUUGUGUUUAACUUGACGAACAAUGUGGAUUUGGAGAACACCAAAAAGAAAAUGGAUAAUUACCAGAAGGAUAACAAAGAAGUCAUUCAGAAAAACAAGAUAAAACUGACUCGGGAGCAAGAGGAGCUGGAGGAAGCUUUAGAAGUGGAACGACAGGAAAACGAGCAAAGGCGACUGUUCAUACAGAAAGAGGAACAAAUGCAACAGAUUAUAAAAAGGAAGAAUAAACAGGCACUUCUGGAUGAACUGGAAAGUUCCCAUCUGCCGGCCUCCCUGCUCUUAGCUCAACAUAAAGACAGAUCUACGCAGCUAGAAAUGCAGCUGGAAAAACCCAGACCAGUCAAACCAGUCACAUUUUCCACUGGCAUCAAAAUGAUAUCUAAACCAUGUCCGAGCUACCUCUCCACAGGAUCUUGCUGGGGGCUACACUUCCUCCCUUGCUUGUCACCGAGCCCUACAAGAUGCUUUCAGUGGGCUUUUCUGGCAUCCCAGCUAGCCUGCAUACACCGGCCUGUGAGCAGUGGAUUCUGGAGCAGAGCAAGGAGCAAGUCAAGCAAACCUCCAGUGAAACUGCUGCCAUCUGCACUAUCGUUAACCUGCUGUCACCUUUUUCAUAUAUAUAUAAAAUACUUAAGCACAGCUGGCUUUACUAAAGGUUUUUGUUGUUUUUUUUUUAUAAGUCUGCACAAGAGCUUUGUAAAGUGGUGGAUACAUUUUUGCAGAAGGGGAACUCUUUAGUCAUGUGGUACUUUGCUGAGAGGGGCUGAAGCAAUAAGCCACAUCUAAUGGAAGAUGUGAAUAAUUCAGCUAUGGAUGUUUGAGGUUUAAAAAAGAGACUUGUAAAUUUUUUAAAAUAAAACCAGACUUUUUAUUAAA